GGGUGUCAGCGCGGUCAGUGGCGGCUUGAGGAGAGCGGCUGCCGCCAUGAUAGAACAGCAGAAGCGAAAGGGCCCAGAGUUGCCGCUGGUCCCAGUCAAGCGGCCGCGGCAUGAAUUGCUUUUGGGAGCGGCGGGGUCGGGCCCCGGAGCCGGGCAGCAGCAGGCGGCGCCGGGAGCUUUGCUGCAAGCGGGGCCUCCAAGAUGUUCCUCCCUCCAAGCCCCAAUCAUGCUUCUCUCAGGACAUGAAGGGGAAGUGUAUUGCUGCAAGUUUCACCCCAAUGGAUCCACCUUAGCAUCUGCAGGAUUUGACCGACUGAUAUUGUUGUGGAAUGUCUAUGGUGACUGCGAUAACUAUGCUACAUUGAAGGGACACAGUGGAGCAGUGAUGGAACUGCAUUAUAACACAGACGGCAGUAUGCUCUUCUCAGCAUCCACAGAUAAAACUGUGGCGGUGUGGGAUAGUGAAACAGGCGAGAGAGUUAAAAGACUGAAGGGGCACACUUCCUUUGUGAAUUCCUGUUAUCCGGCCAGGAGGGGUCCCCAGCUUGUCUGCACUGGCAGUGACGACGGUACAGUCAAGCUUUGGGACAUCCGUAAGAAAGCAGCGAUCCAGACAUUUCAGAACACCUACCAAGUGUUAGCUGUGACCUUCAAUGACACAAGUGAUCAGAUUAUUUCUGGUGGAAUAGACAACGAUAUCAAGGUCUGGGACCUGCGCCAAAAUAAGCUGACCUACACGAUGAGAGGCCAUGCAGAUUCAGUGACUGGCCUGAGUUUAAGCUCUGAAGGCUCUUACCUCUUGUCCAAUGCAAUGGACAAUACAGUGCGGGUCUGGGAUGUCCGGCCAUUUGCUCCCAAAGAAAGGUGUGUGAAGAUAUUUCAAGGAAAUGUGCACAACUUUGAAAAGAAUCUUCUGAGAUGUUCUUGGUCACCUGAUGGAAGCAAGAUAGCAGCUGGCUCAGCCGACAGGUUUGUGUAUGUGUGGGAUACCACAAGCAGGAGGAUCUUGUAUAAGCUACCCGGCCACGCUGGCUCCAUCAAUGAAGUGGCUUUCCACCCCGACGAACCCAUCAUUCUCUCAGCAUCCAGUGACAAGAGACUAUAUAUGGGAGAGAUUCAGUGAAGAUAUGGAAUGGAAGACUCCACAAGGCUGCUUGACCCUGAGACCUCAGACAGCAUAAGUGGCAUCAAAUGAUGCCCAAGCGAGCAUCCUCCCUUCAGAUGAAGAUCAUUACUAGCAAGAAACAAGGAGGAGGUGGCCAUAUUCCAGCAACCACAAGUAUCCCAGUAUCCUAUUUCAUCAGGAUCAUUAAGGCAACCUUACAGUGGCCUCUUAAAAACCACCUGCCAGAUUUCAGGGAUUGACUUUGUUUUUUCCUUUUUUUUUUUUAAGUAAGGUUUCUUCAAAGGGACACACAUUGGUUGGUGCAUAGUCUUCUGUUUCCUAAUUUAGGCUGAAGACAGGGAAUGUGACCGAAAUUUAUUCGUUGGGGAUUUUUUUUUUUAACUCAAUAACUUGUAUGAUAUUUUCUUUCUUUGUUUCUCUGACUCAUUUUGUAUUAAAAGCCAAAUUGAUGCCUUUUUACAAGA